AUGCCCGACAAGCGCACUCGAGGCUCGACGCACUACUCCAAACACCCUGCCACACGCAAGGUCCGCGCCCGGAUCGCCGCCAUGGCCCCGGCGAAGCGCGAAGCCUUCCUCGCCAAAAGCCACGAAUACCAGGCCAUCCGCGCCUGCUGCCUCCGCGAGUCCCAGCGACCCAGCUAUCUCAACGCCUCCAUCGCCCAGCGACGCACGAUGCUCGUGGCGAAUGCGCGCACCCUGCUCGAAAAACGGCGAGACGCUGGCAAGAUCGACGGCAAAGUCAAUCUCAACGACAUCGUCACGCGACACUUGCAGAAAGAAGCCCGAGAACGCACAAGGGCUAGCGUGGGCGUGUCAGUCCCGCCGUCCGGCCAAGGUCUAGCCAUGGAGAAACGCGAGACUGUCCCGUUGUUCGUCACGCCCGCCACGCCUGCGGCGGAAGACGGCUUUAUGAAAUUUGACGAGGAAGAGGGCGAGGGCGACCCUGAGCUGAGCGCCGUGGCGGUGGCCUACCCGGACUACGCUGUCGUGCGUGACAUUGUGGACGCGCUGCGGCGUGAGGUUGCGUGUUUGAAGGACGAAGUUGGUGCGCUACGGGGCGAAGUCAAUAUCCUUCGCCAGGGAGACCCAAUAGAGGAUGACUUUUUGUAG